UUCGAGAGGGAAGAGAGUGUGGAAAGAAUACGAAAUGGUGGCAACAAGCGAUGAAGAAAUGGAGUCGCUGCUCUCCAGCUUCGAUCAGAUAUACGACGAUUUCAAGAUUGGAAUCACGCAGAUCCAAUUGUUGCAAUCGAACUGUAAUGCCGAAAUUAAGAACCGAGAAGUACUUGAAUUCACUGCUAACAGCCUCAAAUCAGACAAUGAGCGGCUGACAAAGCUGUACAUAGAAUCACUUAACAAACUGGCUGAUCAGCUUGUCUGCCAUACAAGUUACCAAAGCUUGAAAGGGGAACUGGAGAGAGUUAGAGAUGAACAACUCAGCAAAGCAAAUGAACACACAAAUGCAAUGGAAUCACUCAAACAAGUUCAAGCAGCAAAGAUUAAAGACUUGGAGACUCAGAUCAGAGGAUUUCUGCUUCAAAAAGCAGCAAAUGAAUCUACCAUAAAUCAGCUCCACCAAGAUUUAGCUGCUCAUAAGACCCAAGUUGAAACUUUAAGGUGCAGGUUGGAAGGAGUUCAGUUUGAUAUGGAAUGCAGAUAUCAACAUGAGAUUCAGGAUUUGAAGGACUGUCUCCUGAUUGAACAAGAAGAGAAGAAUGAAUUAAGCAAGAAGCUCCAAAAUCUGGAAAAGGAAUUGCUUAUUAGCAGAACGAAGCUGGUUGAACACCACCGAGACCUGACUUCAAAUCGAAAUGUUGAAACACUCAAGCAGAAGAUUAUGAAGCUAAGGAAGGAGAAUGAGGUCCUUAAAAGAAAGCUAAUUGGUAUAAAAGAGGGCUGACGUGUUCUGAUCGUAAUGUUGACUCAGAGGUUAGUAUCCAAACAUGUUGCUAACUUUGUUGCUGUGCUCCUGUGAACGAAUUUUCUGCAAGUACAAUCAACGGACCACAUUUAAAUAGUUGUACAGCUUAAUUCAAGAGUCUAAAUGAUGAUUGGAUUCUGUUAGAUCACUCUGUGGAACCUGAACAAUUAGUUACGGAAAACUUUUGCCAACUUCUUUGUAAAUCAAUCUUACUACUGCAACAUCAAUGUAUUUUUCAUUGUUAUGCCAAAAUUACCUGGUAGCUCGAGUUAAGCAGGUGCUUCCAACACUAAUAUCAGAGCACUCAACGCUUCCGAUCGAGCUGCUUUGGCUAUUUCAGUGAAGAAGUUGAACACAAUUAAUCGCGAUAUUUGAGGUGAGUCGUUAUGUGAUUGUUGGAAUUGAUUUUGUUGCUAAAUGAUGAUUUCAAAGGUUCAAGUCUUAAUAGAGGCAUGUGUCUGAGUACCAACUAUGAAAAAAAAAAAAAAAAAUAGUCAAAAUUGUUGUUAGAUAAUGAAUUUUGAAUCUCUCGUGUGGAGGGAUUCUCGUACUUCCAUCUUGUAUUUCUAAUGUAGCGCGUUAUAUCGUAGUGUAUCAGCAUGAAAUGAAAUAUUAUUAAAUAAUAAUGUAGCAUAAUUAUUGUAUAAGCGAUGUGAAAUUGUUGUAGGAAUGAUAAUAGGAAACAAAAGAAGCAUAGGAUGAAAAUGACUAAGAAAGCAAUCUCUCAUGUAAUCCACCAAGCAUGCAACUCCAUGCAAAUUUCAAGUAAGCCAAUAUAAAAUCCCUCUAUUUUGUAUAUAUCUAAAAACAUUAAAUUAAUGACAGGAUAAAUAAUAGAAUCUAGUACUAUCUCUUGAAAAAACGUAAUAGGUUUUAAUUAUUGAUUUUUAUCAUUAUUUUAAUAAUAAAAAAAGAAGUGAUAGGGUUUGCGCCAGCAAAAAGAAUCCAUGUU